CAUAUCCAUUUUUCCCAUCGCCUACGGAAAACCGCAGUGAGCCGUUACAGAUUAAACACUUGAGUCCUGGAAGCUAAGAGUCAUCGGUAACCGCAACGGACGAUUCUAAUAUUGAGACAUCCCACCUACGGCACACGAUCGAGCAUGGGAUCUCGAAAGAGUACCCGGGUCCCAAAACCCCGAGAUAUCUUAGAUGAAAAUGUGAAACGACCCCAGAUUAGGAAGAAGGUCAUACAGAAUUCUUCUGGCUAUGCUCCCAAAGGUAGUAUCUGGAGGUAAAAUCUGAUGCUCCCCUUCCGUGAACGUCAUUUCAGAAGCCAAAGCGCAAACCCGGUUCAAGAAAGAAAGCCCCCGAGCAGAAGGAGGAAAUAACGGAACACGACAAAGCACUCGUCCAAUGGGCAAUGGCAAGUCCAUCAGUGUGCUGCGUUUGCCGACAAGGGAGCGGAGAUGGGCAAGGCUUCUUGGUCUGCUCGGUCCCCGGAUGUGCCACCACGGUACACUCCGCUUGUUACAGCACCUCUACCACGGUCAAGCAGCAAUCGCAGUGGCGGUGCGAUCGGUGCUCUUCUAAAGACCCUGCUUUGGCGGUUUGCACCCUGUGCUCACAUAAAGAAGGCGCAAUUCUAGCCAUCGAAGGCGGCACUCCCUGGGUGCAUAGUAUUUGCAAGGAUUGGAUUCUAAAAUUGCGCGACCGCGAAGCUCGGAGUGUCAGUCUCUCAGCCAUAUUCAGAGUCGGGAGCAAAACGUGGGAAGGUGAAUGUUCAGUGUGUAAUGGAAAAACCGGCAGCAAGCGAAAUUGUGAUGCAGCGGGUUGCAAGAGCGUGGUAAGAUUACGAGCGAAGUCGAAGCCCAGGGAGAAUAUAUCGAUUUCAAUUUCUUUACUUUUUGCUUGCCAUGCGCUAGUUGCAUGCUACUUGCGCGGCAGACUACGGCCUUCUAGAGAAGGAUCCAGACUCAAUGAUGUCGGACCCUCACUUUAUAUACUGCAAAAAGCAUGCAAGUUCCGACCCUGUGGUAAGUCUUUCUGGGCAUUCAUCAUGGAAUGACAACUGAAACCUAGGAUUUUGAUAGCUGGACCCCUGGGCCAAAUGGGUAAAGGCAAAACCAGGCGGUGUGGAUCUUAACAGUACACAUUAUGAAAAACCGA